GGGAUCCCUCUCCGCACCCAAACGCCCUCCACUGCUCACCCGCCGCACCGCCUCGUUGGAUUUUCGGAGCACAGAUCUCGGAGCACGCUUGAGAUGCCUGUGACGGAGAGUUCGUUCGAGAAUGCCACUGGUUUUGACUACCUGCCGCCCAAGCAGGGUCUGUACGACCCCGCCUUCGAGAAGGAUGCGUGCGGUGUGGGAUUCGUCGCCGACCUCAAGAAGACACCCUCUCACCAGACCGUGAGGGACGCUCUGCAUGUCCUCACACACCUGGACCACCGAGGGGCGUGCGGAUGCGAGGAGGACACCGGAGAUGGGGCAGGUGAGUCACUCGCCACAUGCACUCACAGAGAGACAUACACGCUCGACCGCAACUGAGGGCAUCGCCACUCUCUGUCUACUGUCUGUGUGUGUGAUGGCGUCGUUGUGCAGGAAUUUUGUGUGACAUGCCCCACGACUUUUUCCGCAAGGUCGGCAAGGCCGAGUUCGGCGUGGAUCUUGAGCCCUUCAAGUAUGCCGUGGGCAACGUGUUCCUCUCGCGCGACGACGAGCAGCGUGCCGAGGCCAAGCAGCUGUUCGAGGACACUACCAAGGAGCUGGCGCACAAGGGCAUCGCCUUCCUCGGCUGGCGCACGCCGCCCUGCGACAACAGCGUGCCUGGCCCCACCGCCCGUAAGUUCGAGCCCAUCAUCGAGCAGGCCUUCGUCAUCACCACGCGCGACCUGACCAAGCAGGAGUUCGAGGCGGCCCUUUUCGUCCUGCGCAAGAAGACACAGAACGAGCUGGACAUCAACCGCGGCAUCCCGUUCUACCCCUGCUCGCUCUCGUGUCGUGUCAUCGUCUACAAGGGCAUGCUCACCUCGCACCAGGUGCCCCAGUACUACCAGGACCUCAACGAUCCCGAUUUCAAGGUAGGUCAGCACGGCAUCCACUGCCCAGCCACACACCCAUGGAUGCACGUGUGCUGCCUGCCAUGUCUGUCUGUCUGUGUGAUGCAUCCAGGCGUACGUGUCGCUGGUGCACUCUCGUUUUUCGACCAACACGUUCCCGGCCUGGAGUCGCGCGCACCCCUACCGCUACGUGUGCCACAACGGCGAGAUCAACAGUGUGCGCGGCAACAUGAACUGGAUGCGUGCUCGCGAGGGCGUCAUGAGCUCCGAGGCCAUGGGCAAGGAGCUCUACGACUGCUACCCCAUCGUCGAGUACGACCAGUCCGACUCGGGCCGCUUCGACAACGUGGUGGAGCUCCUGGUGCUCGCCGGCAAGCGCACGCUGCCCCAGGCACUCACCAUGAUGGUGCCGGAGGCCUGGCAGAACCACGAGGAAGUCAUGGAGAAGGAAAAGAGGGUCAGUCACCACACGCACACACACAGGCAUCCAUGAGGCCGUUGUCAUGAUCUCUCUUGUGUGUCUUGUCUUGUGUGUUUUGUGUGCUGCGCUGCAGGACUACUACAAGUUCAUGUCGACGGUCAUGGAGCCGUGGGACGGCCCUGCGCUGGUGGCCUUCACCGACGGCGAUGUGGUGGGCGCCACACUCGACCGCAACGGACUGCGGCCGUGCCGCUUCUACGUCACCAACGACAACCGCAUCAUCGGCGGCAGCGAGACGGGCGUCCUCCCUAUCGACCCAUCCACCGUCAUCAAGAAGUGGCGACUGCAGCCUGGUCAGCAAGGACGAACACUCACUCAUGCGCCACUCACCCAGCACUUACUGUGUCGCUGCUCUCUGUGUGUGCAUGUGUGUGUGCGCAGGCAAGAUGUUUGUUGCCGACUUCAACGAGCACCGCAUCAUCGAUGACGGCGAGUUCAAGGGGAAGAUCACCAGGGCACUGCCCUACUCGGACAUGGUCGAGGAGCAGCAAAUCACCAUCGACAAGUGAGGAACCGACCACACAUCAUCACACACACAGCCACAGCCACCACGUAUGAUCAUGAAUCAUCUCCACCCUCAUCUCAUCUUCUACGUGUGUGCAGGAUCCGCGGUCACCCCAAGGUCAAGGACACGACCGAGAGCCACCCCCGCAGCGACGCCAUCGACCACCUCCGCGCUUUCGGCUUCACCUCCGAGGCGCUGGAGCUGCUCAUCCUGCCGUGCGCCGCUGACGGCGUGGAGGCGCUCGGGUCGAUGGGCAACGACGCCCCGCUGGCCUGCCUGUCGCAGAACCCCCGUUUCAUGUACGACUACUUCCACCAGCUGUUCGCUCAGGUGACCAACCCGCCCCUCGACCCCAUCCGCGAGAGCGUGGUCAUGUCGGUGUCGUGCUUCGUCGGCCCCGAGGUCAACCUGCUGUCGCCGUCCAAGCCUGACCACGCCCACCGGCUGUGGCUGCCCGACCCCACCCUCGACGAGGAGGAGAUGGACGUCCUCAAAAACGUCAACUACAACGGAUGGAAGUCCAAGGUCAGUUGAUGCACUCAGGGCGGGAUGGAUGGCAGGGAGGGAGGGAGGGAGUCAGAGACGAUGCUGCUGCAUCGGUGUGCCUCUCUCUGUGUGUGUCCGUGCAGGUGAUUGACACGACUUAUGAGAAGACCGAGGGCAUCUCUGGUCUGCAGAACCACCUGGAGCGCAUCUGCCGCGAGGCGAGUGCGGCGAUCAAGGAGGGGUACCAGAUCCUGAUCCUCUCGGACCGCAAGACGGGCCCCGAGCGAGUCCACAUGCCCGCUCUCCUCUGCUGUGGCGCGGUGCACCACCACCUUGUCAACGAGAAGGACCGCCUCAAGGUAUGUCGGCCACACACAACACACACAUGUGACCGACCGUCAUCCCCCUCACUCAUCGUGUCGUGUGUGUGGUCGGCUGCUGGCUGCCAGGUCGCUUUGUUUGUCGAGAGUGGUGACUGCUACGAGGUGCACCACUUCUGCGUGUUGGCCGGGUUUGGUGCUGACGGUUGGUGCCCCUACAUGGCGUACCAGGCCGUCUGGAAGCUGCGUGACGAGGGCAAGCUCAAGCCAGGGACGCCGUCGUCCGACUACGACCUGAUCAAGAACUACAAAAAGUCCAUUGCCAAGGGCAUCCUGAAGGUCAUGGCCAAGAUCGGCGUCUCCACCCUCCACUCGUACAAGGGCGCCCAGAUCUUCGAGGCCGUCGGACUCGCCGAGGAGGUCAUCGACACGUGCUUCAAGAACACCGCAUCACGCAUCUCCGGUGAGCGAGGCAGUGACUGCAUCGCAUCACAUAUACACCGCCCAUUGCACCGGUGUCACUGUGUGUGUGUUUGUCUGUGUAAGGGUGUGGUUUCGAGAAGCUGGCGGCGGACUACAUCCGUUUCCACGACCGCGGGUACCCGAACUACAUCCGUAAGGUGCAGAUAGCGUCUCUGCCCAACACGGGGGACUACCACUACCGCAACCCCAUCACCAACAGGGAGGCCGAGAAGCACCUGAACGACCCCGACGUCAUCGCCAACAUCCAGGACGCCGCCAGGUCCAACUCGCGAAACGCAUACCAGAAGUUCUCGGCCGUCCACAACAACAUGGUCCGCGCCUGCACUCUGAGGGGGCAGCUCGAGUUCCGCGAGCCCUGGGAGUUCGGCGGACAGGCCAUCGACAUCUCCGAGGUCGAGCCGGCCGCCAACAUCGUCAAGCGUUUCAGGACUGGUGUGUAGUGCACACACACACACAUGCACACACACAGGGAGGGAGGGAGGGAGGGAGGGAGAGAGGGAGGGAGGGAGGGAGGGGACGGAUCGAGGGAGAGAUGGUGAACUGAGCGUGCCUUUCUCCGUCUGUGUGGCGUGUCCAGGUGCGAUGAGCUACGGCUCGAUCUCUGCCGAGGCGCAUGAGACGCUGGCAGUAGCCAUGAACCGGCUGGGCGGCAAGUCCAACACGGGCGAGGGCGGCGAGGACGCAUUCAGAUGGGAGACCACAUUCGACAACGGCGACUCAAUGCGCUCGUCCAUCAAGCAGGUGGCGUCCGGCCGCUUCGGCGUGACCAUCGAGUACCUGACCAACUCUGACGAGACGCAGAUCAAGAUGGCCCAGGGCGCCAAGCCGGGAGAGGGCGGCGAGCUGCCCGGCUACAAGGUCUUCGACAACAUCGCCAAGACACGGCACUCCACCCCCGGCGUGGGCCUGAUCUCCCCCCCUCCCCACCACGACAUCUACUCCAUCGAGGACCUGGCCCAGCUUAUCUACGACCUCAAGAACGUCAACUCGGCGGGCAACGUGUCCGUCAAGCUCGUGUCGGAGGCGGGUGUGGGCGUGGUGGCGGCCGGCGUGGCCAAGGGCAAGUCGGACCACAUCCUCGUGUCGGGCUAUGAUGGCGGCACCGGUGCGUCCAGGUGGACGGGCAUCAAGCACGCAGGCCUCCCGUGGGAGCUGGGCAUCGCCGAGACCCACCAGACCCUCGUCCUCAACGGCCUCCGCGGGCGCGUGUCGCUCGAGACGGAUGGCAACAUCCGCAACGGGCGUGACGUGGUCAUGGCGGCGCUGCUGGGGGCCGAGGAGAUGGGCACGGCCACGGCACCGCUGAUCGCCAUGGGGUGCAUCAUGAUGCGCAAGUGUCACCUCAACACAUGCCCCGUCGGCAUCGCCACACAGGACGUCGAACUGCGCAAGAAGUUCGAGGGCAAGCCCGAGCACGUCGUCAACUACCUCAUGCUGGUCGCUGAGGAAGCGCGCACCAUCCUCGCCAGGCUGGGCUUCAGGACAUUCGACGAGGCCGUCGGUGAGUCAACGCCACGGACACAUAGACAGAAGGGAGAAGCAUGUGUGUGCAUAUGGCUACGUGUGAUGUGAUGUGUUGUGUUGGUCCAUGCAGGUCGUGCGGACUGCCUGCGCAUGAGUCCGGCGCUGCGUGAUUUCCUGCACAGCCAGGGCCGGUUCAUCGACCUGUCGGCCGUCAUCGAGCCCGCACACCUGAUGGAGGGCGCCGGCGAGAUCGGCCAGAUCGAGAACCACAAACUCUAUCCACAGGUGCGCGCAACACCAUUCACUCACAUGGGAUGAUGGCUGUGUGUGUGUGGGUGUGUGUUUGUGGGUGUCUGUCAGAACCACAACCUUGACGCAGUGAUGGAUCGCAGGCUGAUCGACAUGUGCGCCGCGACGUUCGCCGACCCCUCAGUGCCCACCAAGAUCGAGUUGGAUGUGACCAACGUGGACCGGUCGGUGGGCACGAUGCUGAGCAACUUCCUGUGCAAGAAGUUCGGCCCGUCGGCCCUGAAGGAAGACACGAUCCACAUCAAGCUGAAUGGCAACGCCGGCCAGUCGGUGGGCGCCUUCCUCAUGACCGGCAUCACCAUCGAGGUCGAGGGCGACGCCAACGACUACGUCGGCAAGGGCCUCUCGGGCGGACAGAUCAUGGUCUACCCUCCCAAGGCAUCCGACCCCAAGUUCACACCGGAGAACAACAUCGUCAUCGGCAACGUGAGCAGACGACACCCAUACACACAUCCGUGCUCACAACACAAGCCCUCCUAUGUGAUGUGAUGUGUCCUCUGUGUGUGGUAUCUGUGCAGGUGGCACUCUAUGGUGCGACGGGGGGUAAGGCCUUCUUCCGCGGCAUUGCAGCGGAGCGGUUCUGCGUGCGCAACUCGGGUGCGUCGGCGGUGGUUGAGGGUGUGGGCGACCACGGGUGCGAGUACAUGACUGGCGGCCGGGUGAUGAUCUUGGGGUCCACGGGCAUCAACUUCGCCGCCGGCAUGAGCGGCGGCGUCGCUUAUGUCUACGACCCCGACAAGAAGUUCCCCGUCAAGUGCAACAUGGAGAUGGUCGAACUCUUCGUAAGCCGCCGCACCAACCCACCCCCACACCCACGUGCAGGGUAUCACGCCCUCAUGCGUGUCUGAUGUCUUGUCUUCAGUCUGUGGGUCAGGAGGACAUUGACCACGAUGAGGUGCGGCAGAUGCUGUGUGAUCACCGCGAGAAGACGGGCUCGUCGGUGGCGGCCAGGAUCCUCGACAACUACGACGCCGAGGUGGCGCACUUCGUCAAAGUCUACCCUACCGACUUCCGCAAGGUCCGCGAGAAGCAGAGGGCCGCUGCCGCCACCCAGAAGGCCACCCUGUCCACACAGGUGUGUAUCCACGCACACACAACACACUCUCACACGGACACACAAGCGAGAGAACCAAUGGCGUGUGUGUCUUCGCGGUGCAGUCCACAAGUGAGGCGGUGCCGAGCCAGGCCAACACGCAGGUGGCCAAGGAUAUUGAGGAGUCCGUCAAGAAGGCCCCUGCAGCAGCGGAGCCUGACCGCCCCUAUGUGGUGGACAAGCCCAUCAAGCGCCGCGGCUUCAUCGAGUACGAGAGGAGCGUGCAGGGCUACCGCGAGAGCGCCGGGCGGCUGUCGGACUUCAAGGAGAUCUACAACAAGACGGACGAGAAGAAGCUCAAGACACAGGCAGCCCGGUGCAUGGACUGCGGCGUGCCAUUCUGCCAGUCGACCACCAGCGGAUGCCCACUUGGUCAGCGAGCAUAGCAGACACAUCCAUCACACCUCUCCCCCUCCCUCACCGUCUCGUGUCUGUGUGUGUGUGUGUGUGUCGUCCACCAGGCAACCUGAUCCCCGAGUGGAACCAGCUGAUCUACGAGGAGAAUUGGAAGGAGGCCCUGGACCGGCUGCUGGAGACCAACAACUUCCCCGAGUUCACUGGCCGCGUCUGCCCCGCCCCCUGCGAGGGCGCCUGUGUGCUGGGCAUCAUCGAGAAUCCCGUCACCAUCAAAAACAUCGAGUGCGCCACCAUCGACAAGGGAUUCGAGAUGGGCUGGAUGGUCCCCAAGCCGCCUGCCCACCGCACCGGCAAGAACAUCGCCAUCGUCGGCUCGGGGCCGGCGGGCAUGGCGGCUGCCGACCAGCUCAACAAGAUGGGCCACUCGGUGACGGUCUUCGAGCGUGCCGACCGGCCGGGCGGUCUGAUGAUGUAUGGCGUGCCCAACAUGAAGGCCGACAAGAUCGAUGUGGUGAUGCGGCGGGUGGAGCUGAUGGAGAAGGAGGGCGUGCGAUACAUCUGCGGGCCGGCCGGCAACAUCGGCGGCAGCCCAUGGCUGGCGGGCGACGCGUCCAUGGUCGCACCCACGCCCAAGCAGCUGCUCGACGAAUAUGACGCGCUCGUGCUGGCCACCGGCUCCACCACUGCACGCGACCUCAGGAUCCCCGGCCGCGAUCUCAAGGUGAGAUGAGAUCGAGGUGGCACAUCACAUGCAUCAAACCAACACACGCAUACUUAGCAAUAUGUCUGGUCUCUCUCUGUGUGUGUGUCCUGACUGACAGGGUGUGCACUUUGCGAUGGAGUUCCUGCACCAGAACACCAAGGCGUUGGUGGACCAGGGCGAGGUGGGUCCCGAGUGGGAGAAGAAGUCCAGGGACGGCACGCACAUCAACGCCAAGGGCAAGAGGGUCAUCGUCAUCGGCGGAGGAGACACCGGCAACGACUGCAUCGGCACCUCCAUGAGACACGGGGCCACCUCCGUCGUCAACUUUGAGCUCAUGCCACGACAGCCCCCUGCACGCGCACCCACCAACCCCUGGCCACAGUGGCCAUCCGUCUUCCGCGUAGGCACACACACAACUGACACCAUCCAUCCAUCUAUCCAUCCCUGCUUUGCGUGUCUGUCGGUGUGUGUGUCAGGUUGACUACGGUCACGAGGAGGUGGCGACCAAGUUCGGCAAGGACCCCCGCGAGUUCCUGAUCAACACCAAGGAGUUCGUGGGCGACGACGAUGGCAACCUCAUCGGCCUCCGCACCGUGCGCGUCGAGUGGAAGCGCGACGAGGAGACCGGCAGGUGGCAGAUGUCUGAAGUCCCAAACAGCGAAGAGGUAACUAACCGUCACACUUACCACACCACAACACGCCCACAACUGGUACACACAACGCACUCUCAUUCCCUUCUGUGUGCCAUCCAUCCAUCCAUCCAUCAGUACUUCGAGGCGGAUCUGGUGUUCCUGUCUCUCGGUUUCCUGGGUCCCGAGAAGUUCGUGGCCGAAGCGCUGAAUCUGGAGUUCGACCCGCGCGGCAACUACAAGGCGCCGUACGGCGACGUGCCGGGUGCCUUCCGCACCAACGUCGAGAAGGUGUACGUGGCGGGUGACUGCCGGAGGGGCCAGUCGCUUGUGGUGUGGGCCAUCACCGAGGGCCGACAGGCGGCGACCAACGUCAACGAGUACCUCAUCUCGCAGGACGAGUCGAUCAGGAGCACUGUCGAGGCCAACACCACACCCAAGGCGCGUGGCGGGUGAGCUGAGGGAUCGAGAUGUUGGUUGGGCCUGUGUAGAGAGAGGGCGUGUGUCUGUCGUGUGGUGUGGUGUGUGGUGCUCUUGGUGCCGGCCAUGCCAUCCCGAUGGGAGUGGGCGUUGGCACGGUGUGGAUGGAUGGAUGGAG